AUGAAGAUCCCAGCACCAUUCGCCUGGAGCCCAGAGUUCGCCACUUCUUAUGAGAACAUUGACAGUGAGCACAGAACGCUCUUCAAUGGUCUGUUUGCUCUCUCCGAGUUCAACACUCAAACGCAACUGAACGCUGCUAUUGAGGUUUUCUCACUUCAUUUCCAUGACGAGCAGGGUCAGAUGAAAAGAGCCAAGUUCGCAGGCACCAAGGAGCAUACUGAUCUCCAUAAUGGUUUCAUGGACACACUGAGGGGUUGGAAUGCGCCAGUGUCCCAGAAACAACUCAAGGACGGCAUGGCAUGGCUUUGCAACCACAUCCCCGCUGAAGAUUUCAAAUACAAGGGCAAGUUGUAA